GGGAAACUGCUGCCCACAGCGCCCGGAGCCCCUGGCAACGGGAAAGAGUGCGGAGUCAGCCCACGGUGGAGAGAGCACCUGAGCCUGAGAAUGAGCAGGUUCUCGAGAUGGGUGGACACCCCACCCUCUGAAGAGCCCUUGGAUACGCAAAACAAAACCCUGGAAAACCAGGAAGAGGAGAUGGGGUUUAAGGAAAUGGAUGGCCUGAGGGAAGCUUUGGCAAACCUCCGGGGACUGUCGGAGGAGGAGAAGAGCGAGAAGGCGAUGCUUUGCUCCCGCAUCCACGAGCAGUCCCAGCUCAUCUGCAUCCUGAAGCGGAGGUCCGACGAGGCCCUGGAGCGCUGCCAGAUCCUGGAGCUGCUCAACACGGAGCUGGAGGAGAAGGGGAGGCUGGAGGCCGAGAAGCUGAAGGCCAAGAGCGAGCUUGCCCGGAAGCUGGAGGACCGCUUCAUGACCCUGGCGUCCAACCACGAGGAGAUGAUCCGCUUCAAGGACCAAUACAAGAGCGAGAACGUCAAGCUGAGGGAGGAGAACGAGAAGCUGAGGCUGGAGAACAGCAGCCUCUUCAGCCAGGCUCUGAAGGACCAGGAGGCCAAAGUCCUGCAGCUCACGGCCGGGAGCGAGGCCCUGGCCCAGGAGCUGGAGACUCUGAAACAGAGGUGUGCCCAGGAUGCCUGCCGGGCACAGGCCCGGGAGAAGGAGCUGCUGGAGCUGCAGAGCCAGCAGGCCAGCGCCCACACCGCGGAGACAGAGCAGCUGCGCAGCCAGCUGCAGAGCCUCCAGCAGCAGCACCAGCAGGCCGUGGAGCAGAUGGCGAAGGCCGAGCAGGCGCACGGCAGCCUGAGCCAGGAGCUGCAGGCCAGGCUGCAGGUGGUCACGCGGGAGAAGGAGGAACUGCUCCAGCUCUCCAUGGACAGGGGCAAGGUGCUUCAGAGCAAGCAAGCGGAGAUCCGCCAGCUGGAGGAGAAGUUGGAGGCCGCAGAGGUGGCCAGGCGACAAGCGCUAGAGCGGUUUGAGCAAGAGGCGGUGGCUGUGGACAGCAACUUGAGAGUCCGGGAACUCCAGCGCAGGAUAGCUGGGAUCCAGAAGGCCUACGACCAGCUCAGGCUGCAGUCAGAAGCCUUCAAAAAGCACAGCCUGGAUCUUUUAAGCAAGGAGAAAGAACUCAAUGCCAAACUCCGCCAUCUCUUCCCAUAAGGAAGCUUCGGCUGCCUCCCGCCUCCAGUGUAGAAUUCAAAUAUGUGUGCCUUGGCAAGAGUCAAGAUGUUUUUCAACUUGUUCUAUUUUUUAAGCACAAAAGGCAACUCAAAGAAAAGCUA